CCUACAAGCAUCUCUCCAUCUCAAAUCAUAUUCACUUAAAAAUCAGGUUUAUAUAUAAGAAUAAUGAUAUUUUCGGUGAUGGUUGCGAUCCUUGUUUGCCUUAUUGGCUACAUUUACCGAUCAUUUAAGCCUCCACCACCGCGAAUCUGCGGCGUUCCUAAUGGUCCUUUGGUUACUUCUCCAAGAAUCAAGCUCGAUGAUGGAAGAUAUCUUGCCUAUAGAGAAUCUGGGGUUGAUAGAGCCAAUGCUAACUACAAGAUCAUUGUCGUUCAUGGCUUCAACAGUUCCAAAGACAUUGAAUUUCCCAUCCCUAAGGAUCUAAUUGAGGAACUUGGGAUAUACUUUUUGUUCUACGAUAGAGCAGGAUAUGGAGAAAGUGAUCCACACCCAUCACGCACAGUUAAAAGUGAAGCAUACGACAUUCAAGAACUUGCCGAUAAACUCGAGAUCGGACCAAAGUUCUAUGUUCUUGGUAUAUCACUAGGUGCUUACUCGGUUUAUAGUUGCCUCAAAUACAUUCCCCACAGACUAGCUGGAGCAGUCUUAGUGGUUCCAUUUGUGAACUAUUGGUGGACUAAAGUGCCUCAAGACAAAUUGAGUAAAGCGUUGGAGCUAAUGCCAAAGAAAGACCAAUGGACGUUUAGAGUGGCUCAUUAUGUUCCUUGGUUGUUAUAUUGGUGGUUGACCCAAAAACUGUUUCCGUCUUCGAGUAUGAUCACUGGGAACAAUGCGUUAUGCAGCGAUAGAGAUUUGGUCGUCAUAAAGAAGAAAAUGGAGAAUCCAAGCCCUGGCAUGGAAAAAGUCCGGCAACAAGGUGACCAUGAAUGUCUUCACCGGGACAUGAUAGCCGGAUUCGCGACAUGGGAAUUCGACCCGACUGAACUAGAAAAUCCGUUUGCGGAAGGCGAAGGAUCGGUCCAUGUGUGGCAAGGGAUGGAAGACAGAAUCAUUCCAUACGAAAUUAAUCGAUACAUAGCACAUAAGCUUCCAUGGAUUCAGUACCAUGAGGUCUUAGGUUACGGACAUCUUCUAAACGCUGAGGAGGACAAAUGCAAAGACAUCAUAAAGGCACUUCUUGUCAACUGAUGAUCAUCUAUAUACCUCUACACAAGAUGACAUUAAAAAUUUAGCUUAUUU